AUGGAUGAGAGUCGGAGUAGCUCGAGACCGGCAUCUUCCCAGUGCCAUUCCCCUCCUCCGAGUCCCUGGAGAAACAUGGUGAAAUAUUUCAAGAAAAUUGUCAAGAACUCGGUAUCUCAAAAGAUUCGUGAAUGGGUGAAGGACUACUGCAAAAGGAACGGCCUGCUCACCUUAUCAGUGCUAGCAGUGAUGUCAGGCUGCGUGGUGGGAUUCACAUUAAGGAGCUUGAACUUGUCAACACAGGCAAAAAUUUACUUUUCCUUUCCUGGAGAACUUCUAAUGAGAAUGCUGAAAAUGUUGAUUCUUCCUCUCAUCACAUCCAGUUUAAUGUCUGGCUUGUCUGCUAUGGAUACCAAGGCCAGUGGACGCUUGGGCCUUCUCACCAUUACGUAUUACCUUUGGACUACCUUCAUCGCUGUAAUUGUAGGAAUUAUUCUGGUGCUGAUCAUUCAUCCUGGAACCGGAACUGAAAAAGAGGGACAUAAAGCUGCGGGAGGGCCAGUGAUGACCUCUGCCGAUGCCCUGCUCGACUUGAUCAGGAACAUGAUUCCAUCCAACCUGAUUGAAGCCACAUUUCAGCAGUAUAAGACAGAGCUUGUGCCUAAUUUCAAAAACAGUGCAAAGUCCUCACAAGCCAACUUUGUGUACAUCAUGCCAGACUAUGAAAACCCCAAAAUGGGUCACCCAGUGUUUCUGGAACUCACUCCUCCUCCUGAAAUCCACUACAAGAUCGUACCAGGAAAAAGCAAUGGGAUGAAUGUGCUGGGAAUCGUCAUUUUCUCUGCCACUAUGGGUCUUCUGCUUGGCAGAAUGGGAUCCAGAGGUUCACCCCUGGUGAAUGUGUGUCUUUGUAUCAAUGAAUGCGUCAUGAAGAUCAUCAAUGCUGCUAUGUGGUAUUUUCCAUUUGGAAUCGUAUUUCUGGUUGCUGGAAAGAUCUUGGACAUGCACGACCCUGCAGUCCUUGCGGAGAAGCUGGGCAUGUACUUCAUCACUGUUCUGGCAGGCCUAUUCGUCCACGGUGUGAUUUUGCUGCCGCUGUUUUUUUUCGUAUUCACCAGGAAAAACCCCUUUAGCUACAUUCGUGGCCUCCUCCAGGCGCUGGUUAUCGCCUUAGCAACUUCAUCCAGUUCAGCUACUCUGCCCAUUACUAUGAAGUGCUUACUGGAAAACUGCCAUGUGGAUCGUAAAAUCGCUCGAUUUGUACUUCCUGUGGGUGCUACUAUCAAUAUGGAUGGCACAGCGCUGUAUGAGGCAGUGGCAGCCAUCUUCAUUGCACAGGUCAACGAGUACGAGCUUGACUUUGGACAACUCGUAACUAUUAGUAUCACAGCUACUGCAGCAAGCAUCGGAGCAGCUGGAAUCCCUCAGGCUGGUCUCGUCACGAUGGUUAUCGUCCUCACUUCAGUAGGUUUGCCUCCAGAUGACAUUUCACUCAUUGUGGCCAUCGACUGGAUCCUAGACCGAUUUCGAACAAUGAUCAAUGUGCUUGGAGAUGCUUUAGCCGCAGGAAUCAUGGCUCAUGUGUGCAGAAAGGACUUCCAGAAAGACAUCCCAUCAUCAGGCAACUCAGAGAGAAGAGAUACCAUGAUCUCCUUUGGAAACCAGAGUGUGCAAAGUUUUCCCACAUCCGAGGUUCCACUGCUGGCCAACAGAGACUACAUCUUAGAGGUUGUCGGUGAUCAGGUGAUCGAGAAGCCCACGGCCUGUUACAACCUCUGCCAAGUCUAAAUACUGCAGUGUUACACUACCGAAGGGCACUUUAAAGUGAGAGUGCUCAACACUUCUAAGGGUCCUUUAAAAAUGGAGAACUUUAUAGAGCACAAGUGAAGCACUUUUGAUUCAAGAAUUGUUUGUGCAGGUUUAUGACACAAGUGAGUUCCAUGAUACAGUUUAAGUCCCUUACAGCCAUUAGAGCUCUCAGUCUGGAGGAAAAACCCUUCAAAAGGAACAUGGCGUAGGGAUGAGCCCUUUUGAAUGGAACACAGCCGCUGACAGACAACAACACACAGGAACAGAAGUUGCCUUGACUUCACUAAAACCUUCCCUCUUCAUUCCACGUUUGUGCCAUUCAGUAUUUUUACAUCACCAAUGUUACCAUUACCUCAAAGUCACCUUGGGUGAACUUGACAAAUGAGGACAUUUGGGUGCUUUUGACACCUUAACUUGGGGGUUUUGUAAAAAAUAUAAUUUUUUUUAAACGUUCAUCUUCUAUUGCCUUAAAAUGCAAUAGUUAAUGACUGUACUACUAAAAGAAUUAGACCACAAUAAUAUAAACCUUCUCCAAAUGAAAAAACAUUACACAACUAGUAGGUGGACUGGGGCUCAACUGGAUCAUCAGUUGCCUUGUCAGGGUGUAUGGUGACAAAGUUAUUUGUAAUGACUGUACAAACAGGGGCGGUGUGUCUCUUCAGUAUUUAUAUUGAUUAGAGCAUGCAGUCACUGUUACUUUACCGGUAAAGCUAUUAGUUUAUAAUUGUAUGCUGUA